CAGUGUGAUUUGGCCCAGCCCUCCCUCUGCAGUGAAGCAUUUGACGGUGCCACGGCUAAAUUUUAAUACCGAAAGUGUCCCACGGUACGUAAGCCGCUGAAAUGGCUGCUGCGGCUACAGAAGAAACACCCGCACUGAGUGUCGAGGACGAUGCACCGACCGUUGAGACCAACGAGGGCAACGGCGAGGAAAAAGAAAAGGGCCUUACCGAAGCGGAAACGGAGGAACCAGGCAGUAACGUAGAGCCGAAAAUUGAAGAGGUGGGCGCGGAGGCCGGCGAAGAGAAGCCCGCUGAAGCCGCUUCAGACAAGGCCGCGAGCGAGGCGGUGACACACGACAGCGCUGUAACGGUCAACCAAGAGGCGACACCCGCUCCUGAAGAACCAGAGCAAAAGCCGGACUCAGAGCAAAGCUCCGGAGAUGGUAACAGCGAGCCUGCCAACGAUAACACGAUGAAAGAAGCGAAGGAGGAAGCAGGAGAAGACAGCCGGUGUUCGGGAAUAGACUGCGAGAAGAGCAAAACAGUUUGUGAAGACGGUGAGAAACCCAGUGGCGGAGGCGGGGAGCUGGGCGACAAGAGGCGGCCGAGUGUGGAGAUUUCGUCCUCGGAUGGUGAACCGUUGAGCCGUAUGGACUCUGAGGACAGUAUCAGCAGCACCCUGAUGGAGAUGGAGAGUACUGUGUCCAGCGGACGCUCCACUCCUGCUAUGAUGAAUGGACAGAGCAGUGCCAGCUCCUCCGGGACAAAGACAGUGGCUUAUACCUGCUGCUGGGACCUCUGUCCACAGUGCUUCAAUUCUAGUCCUGAUCUUGCAGAACAUAUCAGGGGCAUUCAUGUGGAUGGCCAACGGGGAGGGGUGUUUGUGUGCCUGUGGAAGGGUUGUAAGGUGUAUAACACACCAUCCACCAGUCAGAGCUGGCUCCAGAGACACAUGUUAACCCACAGUGGAGAUAAGCCCUUCAAGUGUGUAGUUGGUGGCUGCAAUGCCAGCUUUGCUUCGCAGGGAGGGCUGGCUCGCCAUGUACCCAGUCACUUCAGUCAGCAGAGCUCCUCUAAAAUGUCCAGCCAGGCCAAACUCAAGGAGGAGUCACCCUCCAAGGCUGGACUCAACAAGAGAAAGAAACUCAAGAACAAACGCAGGUGCUCCCUACCGAGACCCCACGACUUCUUCGAUGCUCAAACCAUGGAUGCUAUCCGCCACAGGGCCAUCUGUCUCAACCUCGCCACCCACAUUGAAAGUGUGGGAAAUGGCCACAGCGUGGUCUUUCACAGCACGGUGCUGGCUAGGAGGAAAGAAGGGUCUGGCAAGGUGAAGAUUCUCCUGCACUGGACACCUGAGGACAUUCAUGCAGUCAACGUGGUGGCCUUCCUUCAUGUCACGGCUCGCAAUAAAUUUUCCCAACCUUCCUUUCUUGGCUGGUCCAAUAUUUGUUGUGGAGAACUCUCUGUGUGAGGAGUCCAGGUCCUCUUACAGCAUGUAUCACACUAGCUCGUCUGCUUAAAGCCCAGAGCUGUCCUCAAACGGAGCUGAAGACAUUAGACAUACCUACUAGCUAGUAUCCUCACUCAGUGUAAUGAUACCCACAUUAAUGCCUGGAGCACUGAUGGAGAGAAAACUGGACUUAGCCAUUAAAAAAUCUGUCUCUGUCCUCUCUAGGUCUGGCGCUGGUUCUAUACCAUCUGCUUGGCUUGGUCCUACUCAGAUAAACCUUGAAUUGGUCCACUGAAGUGUCUUUUAAACAGUGGAUCAGCAUCCAAAAUUAGCUGGAGGCUGAUUCUCUUCUUUUUUUGUGGCUUUCCAAUAAAUUUUUCAUCAAUUCCCAGUUUAGGAAAUAAAUGUCCAUCACAGCAUUUUGGUGUAACCUCUGGAUGAACUUCCACAAAGAAAAAAAAUAAUGCUCAGCCCAUAGGGGUCUGAGCCGAUCUGCCCAGUCCCCACUAGCUUCAUACCUAUGCCCAGCCUAGCUUUAUCAGUCUCAGCCUACUGGAGGUGAAUCUUGGCACCAUUUAUGCCCCAGCUCAUUUAAGCAAUUGGGCAGAGGGGCAGGCAGGUUCGGUACUGUGCUCAAAAUUAAAUGGGUCUGUCUCACAGAACAUAAGAGCUUCACACGCUGUGAUUCACAGCAGGGUUUUGCUCAAGGGAAGCUCCCACCACACUUCUAACACUCCCAUACUCCCAUUAAAGGGUUUGACUGCACGGCCUCUGAUGAUGAUCAGAGAGAAAAGAGGGGAAGAAUGAAAGAGAGGAGGAUUGAAAAUUUUGAUUGAGGGCAAAAAAGAGGUGGGAGAUGAGAGGAAGGAUGGGGAGAAAGAAGGUCAAAAGAGACAAAGAAGUGGUUGAAAAACAAAAAGAAAAAUAGGUUCAGUGAAAAGAAGAGCAAUGAUGGCACUGGGUAAAGAAACCUGGAUGAUGCUUCUUGAGGUAGAUUGCAGCUGACAGCCUCCAAUGAACAUACUGUAGCCUAAACCCUUGUACUCUCAGUCUUCUGCUGCUUCAGCCUCCCAUCUUCCUUCCCCUCCUUUCCUUCCCCCCUCUCUGAUCCACCUCUGCAAUCUCCUCCUCACCCCGCAUGUGGGAGUUUAAUAUGGUGCAUAGAGAAAUAAUGAGGGAAAGGGAGUGGAAGAGAAAGAUGAAGUUUGGAGAUCAGGAAAGACUCGUCAGAUUAAUUCCAAACAGAGAGACACAGAUGGAGAUUGAUACUGAGACUCAGUGGCAGAAUGGAUAAGGGAAGGAAUUGGGGAGACAGAGAAUUGAGGAAAGUGAGAAAUGGGAGUGGGAACAAAA